GUCUCCCUCGCCUACAGAGGCAGGAGAUGACGUCAGCAUCUCGCGCAUCUCGUCUUGUUGUUGUUGGUUUGGAAAACACGAAAAUGGGAAAGUGGACGCCGCCGCACUCUUGUCUCAACUUGAGCACAACUUUUCGAAGAUAACUUUUAUCACAGAACACUGGCUGCCGGUCUUUUGAAUCACGUUUACUUUGACUCGGGGUGAAGUUAUGUCGCUUGUCAAGGAUUAACCUACUGCCUGCCUUUAUUGUAUUUCUCUCCUUGGUCUGUCGACGACCAUCUGGAUUUCUUUCGCCCUGUGGUCUUAGGUCUUGUGUGUCGAGGAAGUAUCCUCGCCCUUGUGGAGUUUUUUAAUCAAGAAACAUGGAUAUGUACAGAUAUGACGAUAUUGUUCUCGUGAAGAGACUUUUACGAAGCAAGAUGCUGGUGGUGACGAACAUGAGCGACAUCACGAAGGCAACGCCGCGCGGCUGCGAUAACGACUCUUUAAUGAAUGGCUUCGGGGUUUUGAUCCAAGGGCUACUCGCCGUGGUAGCCUUCAGCACCCUAAUGUUGAAAAGGUUCCGUGAGCCCAUAGCAGUACGAAGACCAUGGAAGAUCUGGUUUUUCGACACCUCAAAGCAGGCUAUUGGGGCAAUGUUCAUCCACUUCGCCAACAUCUUCCUGUCCACUUUAACCAAAGCAGACGCCUGCUCUCUGUACCUCAUGAACUUCAUCCUGGAUGCCACGCUGGGGAUGCUGUUUAUCUGGAUGGGGGUGAAGGUGGUGUCCCGCAUCGUGGAACAUAAACAGUACACCAUAUUAGUCUUCGGAGAGUAUGGUGACCCACCUCUGGCGAGUGCGUGGUGUGGCCAGUGUGUGAUCUACCUGCUCAUCAUGAUCCUGGAGAAGGGUGUGGUCACUCUGGUCCUCCUCAUUCCUGGCUGGACUAAUUUGCAGGAGGUUCUGUUGGACUACAUCCCGAAUCCUCAGCUUGAGCUGGUCCUGGUUAUGCUUAUUGUUCCCUUCAUAGUCAAUUCCCUGAUGUUCUGGGUGGUGGACAGUCUGACGAUGAGGAAGUACAAGACCAUGACUGGCAUUGAGGGCUCGUCCGACAGCGUCAAGCAGGAGAAGGAGUUGCCAUCGGUAACCGGUGAAGAGUCACAGGUGCUGCUGGGCUAUGAUGGCGACUUCUCUGAGGACGAUAGUGAUGACGGCUGCUACACACCUACUGAUAGAAGACUCAUGCCCAGCUGGGUAGAGGUGUAGACCUGCCAGAAACACUCUCUCUCACACACACACACACACACACACACACACACACACACACACACACACACACACACACAUAUGCAUGGAUUCUGGUGCCACAUUGUCAUAUGAUAUGCACAGUCACACAUCAAGAAUGUUUAUGCAGCCCAUUCUGUCAAGAAUUUCAUAAAGAGGACACACUCACACACACACACACACACACACACAUAUGCAUGGAUUCUGGUGCUAUCAUUGUCACAUAGUUCAUCCUCUCUUGAACAGGCAUAUGAUAUGCACAGUCACACAUAAAUAAUGUUUAUGCAGCCCAUUCUGUCAAGAAUUUCAUAAAGAGGACACACUCACACACACACACACACACACACACACGCUUUCUGGUGCUAUCAUUUUUACAUAGAUGUGUGUUAUCUGAUUCAUGUGGACCCUGUGUGGUUGGGGUAUUUCACAUCAUAGUGC